CUGGGCACCGGGCUGCGGUGGGAGGAGGCACGGCUCCGUGCCAGGGCGGUAGCGCAGAGUUUGAAGCGCGCUGGCGCAGAGUGAAGUUACGCGACAGCUUGUUUUUUCCCUUUGGCGCUCUCUCCAGCGCAGCGGGCGGCGGAACUGCGCGAGACUCGGAGCGACGCGUAAAACCAGUCGCACCCACCGCGCCGACGCCGCCGGUGCGAAGGAUGUCGUGGAGAUGGCCCUGAAAGUCUUCUCUGCCCGGCGAGGUGACGUCCCCGCGCACUGAGAUCCACGGAGCGGAGGCGGCGAGGCGGCGAGGCGCAGGGGAGCGCGUCGAGACGAACGCGGGCCGAUCCCAGCCUGGACUCCUCCGCGGUCGGGGAGGAGAUGAGUGCUCGGGAUGGGACUGUGCCUCGGUACCGAAGUUACAGAGGACGAGAAGAAGGCGAGGACACACAGCUCCAAGAUCGACCGAGAGCUGUACGAGUCCGCCAAGCGGGAGCUGAAUGUGGUUAAAAUACUGCUGCUAGGUGCUGCAGAGAGCGGCAAAAGCACCUUGGUGAAACAGAUGAAGAUCAUCCACAGUCAUGGAUUCACUAAACAAGAGCUGACCAGCUUCAAGCCUGCAGUGCUGGAUAACCUCCUGACCUCCAUGAAGUUUGUCCUCCAUGGCAUGGGUGUCCUCCGGAUCAACCUGGCCAACAGCAGGAACAAGGUCCACGCCCAUUCCGUCUUGUCAUGUGGGCGGUGUUUUGACGAAGAGCAGGUGCUGUUUCCUUUCCUGAGCCACGCCCUGUCCUGUCUGUGGACCGACCAGGGGGUGAGGGCUGCGGCGGCCCGGGGAUACGAGUUCGAGCUGAAUGACUCGGCGCUGUAUUUCUUUGAGAACAUGCCCCGCAUCACGACUCCAGACUACGUGCCCACGGAGACCGACGUUCUGCGCGUACGACUGAGGACGACGGGUGUCAUAGAGACCCAGUUUAAAGUCAACCACCUCAUUUUCAGGAUGCACGACGUUGGAGGCCAGCGAACCGAGCGGCGGAAGUGGAUUAGUUGUUUCGAGGAUGUCAGGGCGGUGCUGUUCGUGGUGUCGCUCAGCGGUUACGACAUGACCCUGGUGGAAGACCCCUCCAUGAAUCGUCUGCAAGAGAGCAUGAAGCUCUUCUCCUCCAUCUGCAACAACGUCUUCUUCCGCAGCACGUCCAUGAUUUUAUUCAUGAACAAGAUAGACCUAUUUCAAGACAAGAUCUUACACUCUGGACGACACCUGCGGUUGUAUCUGCCACAGUUUAAAGGUGCAGACUGCGACGUGGAUUCGGCCGCCCGCUUCAUCGCCGCCACCUUUGUGUCGCUCAACGCCACGCCCAGCAAACUCAUAUACCACCACUUCACCACGGCAACCGACACCUCCAACAUCCAGGUCGUCUUCCAAGUGGUUAUGGACACGAUAAUCAAGGAGAACCUGGAGGCAGUGUCACUCCUGUGACUGAAGUCUGAGGUCCCAGCCGCCACAGACUGGGAGUCGGCCCAGUCGGUCUUUGGAUGUUUCAUUUCAAAACGUGGCAAAGCAAAAGGGAUUGAACAGAACAUGAAGAUCCUCUCAUUAGACCACCGUGUUUGUUUUCCCUCUUGAGCAGCAGCCUGGGAGCUCUUUGUUGCAUUUCAUCCUCUGUGAUGAUUCAUUUCAUGUAGCUUUCAAAAAUUUCGUGAAACACAUUUAAGGAGGAGGAUCACUUGGCCAAUCCUUCUAUUUUGGACUUUUGAAAGCUUGUGUUGAGAGUAACGGGCAUUUAUCUUUUUGUACUGUACUGUGAAAAUCCGACUACAUUUUCUGAAGACUGAUGCCAUUUAUUUCCAUGUCUAUAUCGUGUGUGUGUGUGUGUGUGUGUGUGUGUGUGUGUGUGUGUGUGUGUGUUUGUGUGUAGGUGUGUGGGCAGGACACAGAGGGGGUGAGGAUUUACUGUUUGUCCGUUACUUCCUCAGCUCCGGGUUCACUCAUGCAUACCGUCAUGUGUGUUUUCCGCUCGUUCAUCACUGUGUGUCCGCUGUGCGCAUCCUGUGCGUCACGCGCUCCUCAUGAGGCGAUGAUCACUGUAAAAGCACCCUAGUUUGCGUUUACUUUUCCUUACCUGAAGUCAUCCACACAUGUUCAUUAUAGUCUGUGCCUUCCCUCGCUCCCUGGACUCGUACCAUUCAGCGGCGAUGCUGGGAAACUUUAAUAUUGUAAAUGGGGGGGGGAAUAUGUGAAGAACAUCCCUGAAGCCUCGCGAUUUGUUUAAUUUUCCUCCUUUCACCUCUGAUGAUUAUUGUUGCAAUAUCUGACAAGCACACACACACACACAAACACACACACCCCAGUUUGUCGAGCAGGAUGAUGCCUCCUCUGUGUGAUUUGUGUGACAUUAACUCUACUGGAGUCUGACUGUUUUGAAGGCUCCCCGAGCGACUGACUGUGUUAUCACACCAGCUCCUCAUCUGACUCCAGUAAUAAACAAGUCAUGGUAAUGUCUGAUAAGGCCUGAUAUGGAUUCUGAAGGUGAAAGAAAGAUGAAAAACAACCCUAAGUGCCUUAUGAUGAAGUGCUUUUCCCCCCUCUAGUGUGUAAUUAAAAUGCUUUGUGUAUUAACUUUC